GCUAACUUACCACUACGAAGUAGUGAAUAUCACAUAACCUCACAUGGGACGUAAAACAUAUACAAUAGUGGUGAAGUUGGGUACUUCUUCAUUGGUUGAUGAGGUUACUCGAGAGCCAAGAAUCGCCAACAUGUCUCUUAUUGUGGAAACCAUUGCCAAAUUAAGAAGACAAGGUCAUAGAAUAGUCAUUGUAUCAUCAGGAGCUAUUGCGUUUGGAAUGAAAAGAAUGGAUUUAGAAAAGAAACCAUCGAAACUUGCAGCAAUUCAAGCGUUAGCAUCUAUUGGACAAGGUCGAUUGAUAGGAUUAUUUGAUGAUUUAUUUCGACAAUUAAAUGAAAGAAUAGCCCAAAUCUUAAUUACAAGAAAUGAUAUUAUGGAUUUCACUCAAUAUAAGAAUGCCAGAAAUACUUUACUGGAAUUACUUGAUAUGGGAGUUAUUCCUAUUGUUAAUGAGAAUGAUACAUUAUCUGUUGCAGAAAUUAAAUUUGGUGAUAAUGAUACUCUUUCAGCUAUUACUGCUGGAAUGAUUCAUGCAGAUUAUUUAUUCUUAAUGACUGAUGUAGAAUGUUUAUAUACCGAUAAUCCAAGAACCAAUCCAAGUGCACGUCCAAUAUUAGUGGUUGAUAAAAUAGAUGAUUUAGAAGUGAAAACUAACGAUCAUGGAGCUGGUUCUCAAGUAGGUACAGGUGGGAUGACAACAAAAUUGAUUGCUGCUGAGCUUGCAACUAAUGCUGGAGUUACUACAAUUAUAACUUUAUCGAGUCAACCAUAUUAUAUUUUAGAUAUAGUAUCUCAUAUUCAAAAUUCAGAAGAACUUCAUCUUACAGUUGAUCAACAAAGAGAUUUAAUGUCAGCCGAUAUUGCUAAGAAAACCAUUCCAUUACAUACUAGAUUUCUUGGAUUAUCAAGAGAUGCACAAAUAAGAUCGGAUAAAAAAUUCUGGUUAUUACAUGGAUUGAAAACUAAAGGAAAUAUUAUAAUAGAUGAAGGAUGUUAUAGAGCACUUACUAGAAAGAAUAGAGCAGGAUUACUUCCAGCAGGUAUAGUAGAUGUUAAUGGUAUAUUUCAUGAAAGUGAAUGUGUAUCUAUUCAAGUAAUUCCUACCAAACAAUCAUCCAUAACAGAAGCAGUUGAAGUAGGUCAUUGUCGUGUUAAUUACAGUUCUUCGGAAAUUAAAUUAAUUAAGGGAUUCCAGAGUAGUGAGAUUGAAUCUAUCUUAGGCUAUGCUGAUAGUGAAUAUAUUGCACAUAGAGAUAAUAUAGCAUUCCCACCCAAAGUUUAGGUGUAAUAUAUUUUUAGAAAGGGACUGCACAUAGCACCCCACCAUACAUAUGUACAUAGAUUAAAUAUUUCAGGGCCAAUAAUUCAGUCAGUGCCCUACAGACUUUACAUAGAA